UGUUACGUCACUAUCGGCAAGACGGCCAACCUGUAAUAGUGAAGAAUGUUGUGCGAUAUACGUGUAGCACAUGCUUUAUGCUAAAAUGGGCUAUCACAUCCAGCGGAGCGAUUCAUCAACAGUUUUGUGUGACAUGCCGGAUGACAUGUUGUCGGGUCUGACAACUUUACUUGAUUUUGAUUGGCUGAUAAGAACUGUUACCAUGGUAACUGUCGGAAAGAAUGGGACUUGUAAGAUAAACAUCAGGUUCUUUCAUGAAACGCUUCAUUAGAUGUUGCAGACCGAAAUAUUGGAAGCCGUUUCAUCUUUCGGCAUUUAAUUUAUUUCUUGAUAUCCAGAACUGCAUUGGUUAACAAAAAAGUGAUUUUUUUUGUAUCACAGAAUAGAUUGUUUAUAUUUCUUGAUACAAUUCCUCAUAUCAGUGUAUAAGACUAGAUUUCGUAAAACAACUGAGUGGAUAUGAGGUAUAUUUUUAUUUGUGGUAAUAAUAAUUAUUAUUCCAUUGAAUAUUGGUUUCUAAUCCGAGUUCCCUCACUUAGACUCAUCAUCAAGAUUGUGAAUGAAAAAAGAAAAUCUUUGGAUCAGUAUCUCCAGUUAAAUCCCGGUUUAUGUAGCCUUAUAUUUCGAAUGACGAAUGGAGAGGUCAGACGUGUUUUAAAAGUGCUCUGACAUUUUGUGCAAUUUUGCCGUGUUCCCUGACAUUUUGUGAAAACGAUUUAUAUGGUUGUAUCAGAAACUGGAUAGCGGAUAUCAAGGAUAUACUCAUUUUUCAAUUGGAUAACUUAUUUGGAUAUUAUCGAACGUUUUUUGCUUGAAAUUUCGAUCAUUUUGGAGAGGAAAGUGUCAAUAAACUUCUAAAAAUAACUUCAUUUACGCGUCAUUGCCUAGCAACGCAUCAUUAAACGCAUACUGGCCUGGAUGGAACGCAUUACUGGUAUCUCCUUGCGCAACCAUUCUUUGUGCGCGUAAUUCUAAUUGUUUCCUGUCAUUGUGACGUCAACGAUGUCUGGGAAGAGAAAAUCGUCGAAAAACAACUCUGGUGAUAACGUAGAGACGAAUGAGAGCUAUCUUCUAUCACUAAUCAAGGAUGAGCUAGGGAAACUCUCAAAUUCCUUGAAUGCUAAGCUGACCGUUUUGGAGCAGUCGAUCGACAGUGUACGAGAGGGACAAAGUAGCAUUGUAAACUCGCUGUCGUUCCUCAACGAGAAAUUUGAGGAAAUGAAGUUGAAGGCCGAGAAGAUUGAAAAGGAGAACAGAGAACUGAGGGAGCAGAACAUCUGUCUUCAGAAGAGGUUCAGUGAGUUGACCUUCCAGCUUAACGAUCUUGACCAGUACCACAGGAGAGUCAGCUUGGAGGUGGCAGGUGUACCAGAACGACCGGGAGAGGUUCCUGAAAGGAUCAUACUCAAUAUUGCAAAACACAUCAGCCCAGAGCUUGCAGCAUCCGACUUCGAUGUGGUUCAUCGGCUGGGUUCCAAGCGCCAAGCUGAUAACAGAGCCCGUCCAAUCAUCGUGCGAUUCACCACAAGACGUGCUCGGAACAUCAUGUAUGAUGGAAGAAGAAAGCUGAAGACCCUCAGCACAAAAGAUCUUGGAUAUAACAGCGAUGGCAAGAUCUACCUCAAUGAAAACUUGAUCGCUUCCACUAAGGAGCUAAUGAAAGAUCUCAACAAGGCCCGCCGAGAUGCCGGAUACAAGUUCAUGUGGACCCAGAAUGGCCGAAUCUAUGUAAGGAAGGAUGAGAAGUGUCAACCCAUCAUCAUUCAUUCCAGAGAGGACUUUUCCAAACUGUAGUAGGACUAUCCUUCAUCCAUUCCAUGUUAUUCGAUUUUCCAGUAUUCUUUUCAUUUAUUAUGAAAUUCUCGUCCCAAAAUUUUUCGCAUUGUUCAAUAUCUGUGUUAUUUUCCGUGGUAUAUUUUGCAUUCCUUCACUGCCCUUUCAAUAAUGUUUCAAUACCAGACAUUUUAUGGAGGUCAUUUUACUUAUUUUUGUGUGCAAAUAUUCUUCAUCGCCCGUUAAUAAUUGUAUUAGAUAAUCUUUAUUUUGUUAACUAUUACAACUGUAGUAUUUUCCGAACUCGAAUUUUGGGUCAUGAUGGUAUCAAAUCUAAAAAAUGCUUUAUAUGCUUAGCUUACAAAGAUUUUGUUUUAAAAUGGCAAUAUAUUAUAUUUCAUAAUGGUGGAUAUUAUGCGUGAUUUCCCCUUUUAUCAUCUGAAUAAUGAUGAUUUCUUAUUACUAAAUCAUCAAGAUAAAAGCAAUGUUAUCUCAAAUCAUCAUACUCCAUUUGAUAGAUUUUCUACUGAUAUUCUUACAAAUAAUUUUGAUGAACUUCAAGUUGAAUUCGAUAUUCAUGAUAAAGCAUACAAUCUUUCCUCUUCUCCAUAUUAUACAGAAAAUUCAUUCAAAGACUAUGCUAAAUUGAUUGGAGAAGAUGAUGUUUUUAUUUUGCAUUUGAAUAUAAGAAGCACUAACCAAAACUUCGAGAAAUUACGAUUAUUAUUAGAAAAUACACAGUUUGCCAAUCCCCCAAUUAUUGCUCUUACUGAAACUUGGUUCACGGAAACCCCGAAUUCCUUAUGCACCCUCCCGAAUUAUGAUAUUGUUAUAAACAAUAGGAAAAAUAAAAUUGGAGGUGGACUAGCAUUAUAUAUUCCGUCUUCAUUUGAUUAUGCAAUUAGACAUGAAUUUGAAUAUAUGAAUGAAAUCAUCGAAUCCUUAUUUGUAGAAGUAAAAAUUCAAAAAGAUAAGAAAACUCUAAUAGGUGUCAUCUACAGACCUCCUCAAACUUCUUGUAUAGAAGAUUUUUUACUUGCUACUAAUGAACUUUUGCAAAACGGAGAAUUGAUAAAUAACAAUUGUAUCAUCACUGGUGAUUUCAAUAUUAAUCUCUUGACCAGUAAUCACUCUUUAACAAAUGAUUUCCUUGAAUUAAUGUUAUCUUCUACUUUUUUGCCUAUUAUUUCUAGACCAACCCGUAUUACUGAUCAUUCUGCUACGCUUAUAGAUAAUAUAUUCUGUAACUCUCAUCCUCUUCCGAAAGCUGGCAUUGUAACGACAGACAUAUCCGAUCAUUUUCUUAUUUUUACCCAUAUCCAAACAAUGCAAUCAUUCGCAAAAAUGGAAAAGAAAUAUAGGAUCUGUCGCAACUUUAGUGAUAAAAAUAUUGAACGCCUUCAAGAAGAUUUAAGCUCAGUUGAUUGGUCUGACGUUUAUAACUCGAAUGUGAAUGUCGAUGACCCAUUUGACAUAUUUUUGAAAUCUUUCAAUGACUGCUUAGAUUCUUGUGUUCCUUUAAAGAAAUAUCGAAAUUACGAUUAUAAACGUGUUCCAAAGCUCCCAUGGGUUUCAAAAUUGAUAUUAAGGUCUAUAAAUCGGAAAAAUAAUCUUUAUGUUUCUUAUAUAUCAAAUCCAAAUGAUAUUUCAAGGAAUAGAUACACGUCUUAUAAAAAUACCUUAACAACUACUCUCCGAAUAGCAAAAAAGAGGUUUUAUUCAGAAAAAUUAAAUUCAUAUAAAAACGACCUUAAAAAUACAUGGAAAACAAUAAAUGGGGCCCUAAACAAAAUUAACAAAUCUAGUGCUGUUCAUAAAUUAUGUGUAGAUGGAAAUAUGGUUGAAGAUACUCAUUCUAUAGCAAAUGAAUUUAAUACAUAUUUCUCUCAAAUUGGACCAAAGUUAGCUGGAAAUAUUAUGCCUGUAGAAAAUUCGUUUAAGGACUUUUUGGAUAAACAAAAUGAAAGUUCAUUAUUUCUUACUCCAGUUCAUAAAGAAGAAUUACUUGAGAUUGUAUUUAAUUUGAAAGCAGAAAAGACUCCCGGUUAUGAUGGCAUUACAAAUAGAGUUGUGAAAAACAUUAUACAUUCUCUUGCUGAUCCUCUGCUUCAUAUAUUUAAUUUAUCGUUGCAGCUUGGCCAGGUCCCAAAGAAGAUGAAAAUAGCUAAAGUUAUACCCAUUUUCAAGAAGGGAGACCAAUUAAUUACUAGUAAUUACCGCCCAAUAUCUUUGUUAACUUCGUUCUCAAAAAUUCUUGAAAGGAUAAUUUAUAAAAGGACAGUUGCUUUCCUUAAGAAAUAUAGUAUUAUAUGUGAUAAUCAAUUCGGUUUUAGAGAAAAACAUAAUACAACUCAUGCUAUAUUGACAUUAAUAAAUAAAAUAUCUACUUCUUUUGACGAUUCUGAUCACACCGUAGGGUUAUUCCUCGACUUCUCAAAAGCGUUUGAUACAAUAGAUCAUGAAAUACUAUUAUGUAAGCUAUCAACUUACGGUAUCAGAGGGACAGCUUUACAAUGGUUUAGGAGUUAUCUUACUGAUAGAAUUCAGUUUGUUACAGUAAAUGAAUCAGAAUCUCCAACAAGGCCAGUUUCCUGUGGAAUUCCACAAGGUAGUAUUCUUGGCCCUUUGCUAUUUGUACUUUAUGUUAAUGAUAUGAAAAAUUCAUCUCAUGUUCUCUCUUUUAUUCUCUUUGCUGAUGAUUCCAAUAUUUUCUUUACACAUCAUGAUCCACAUGUACUUGUGAGCACUAUGAAUGCAGAAUUUAAAAAAGUAACAAACUGGAUUAAAGCCAACAAACUGUCAUUGAAUCUGCAAAAAACUAAUUAUAUGCUUUUUAGUCAUUCAUUGAAACAUCUACCGCAUCAAAUACUUUUAGAUAAUACUGAAAUCAAAGAAGUGCAAACAACAAAAUUCUUAGGUCUUACUAUUGAUCACAAGCUUACGUGGAAUGCUCAUAUCAACAAUAUUUGCAAAACUGUGGCAAGAAAUAUUGGAGUCAUCAAUAAGCUUAAAAACGCUCUUCCAGCACAGGCGCUAUCCAUGUUGUAUUGUGCAUUAAUUCUACCAUAUCUUAAUUAUGGAAUUCUGGCAUGGGGUAAUGCCUCUCAAACGAGACUCAAUAAAGUCUUGCUACUUCAGAAAAAAGUACUGAGAAUAAUAUGCAAUAUGUCCUUUAGAGCUCAUACAGAUGAAUUGUUUCGUCAUAAACGUAUCCUUAAAGUCAAUGACCUGUACCGCUUGCAACUAUUCCAAUUCAUGUAUCAGCUAGAUAGAAAUAGUGUACCUAAUGUCCUACAAAAGAAAUUUAUGAAAAACAAUACUUUACAUUCAUAUAAUACGAGACAUUCAAAUGACUAUCACUUACCCAAAAGUAGAACAGUAUUUUCUAGCAAAACUGUAUUUUUCAUAGGACCAAAACUCUGGAAUUCUCUGGACAGAGUAAUAAAAGAGGCAGCUAAUCUAAACCGAUUUAAAUUACUCAUCAAAAAAUUUAUUCUGAAUUCUUAUUGAUUCAAUCAAAUAUUUUGUGAACCUCAUACUUACCCACGGUAGUAUUGAUUAUUUUAAAGUCAAUAUUUAAUUUUGUAUAUAGUGUAAAUACAUUUGUGUUACAGUGUUUAUAUAUAAUUUUAUAGAAUUUUGCUGAUUAUUUUACUCUACUUAUAUCAUAUUACCCUUGUAUAAAAUUUUGAUAGGGGGGUCUACAUUUUACAAGCUUUGCUUUUUAGUAGGCCCCUCCACUUUUUUCAUUUCAUUGCUACGUUUCAAUCCUGUGUGUUAUGCUUUUUUUUUUCAGUGUUAAAAUGAUUUAUUAUAAAUGUACUUUGAUGAUUGUGGAAUAUGAAUAUAUC